UCUCCUGUCCACCCAGCUCUCCGCACUCUGCCUCCUGCUCCACCUGCUCCAACUGCUCCAACUGCUCCAGCUGCUCCAACUGCCCCAUUCUCCCCAUUUGCCCGGCACUCGUCCCCAGCCACAUUCGUCUCUUGCACAGCCCAUGUUGUCCCUGACCAGCUUUCGCACCGAGCUCCUUUUGCUGGCGCUUGUUGGUCUCCUCGGCCAACAUGUCGCUGCCCAGGAUACCUCGGCGCCAGCGCCCAUCACCACCGUGGCCGGUGCUCCGUCUUCCAGCAUCGCCGGUCCCUCAAGCACACCGGGCGCCCCCGCCGCGGCUGCUCCCCCAACCGAAUCGUCCUCGGCCAGCAGCAGCGGCUUCAUCACCUUGCCCAUCAGCGAAUUCUACGCCAUCGUCGGGGCAGCCGCCUUGCUGCUCCUCAUCGCCAUCAUCGUCCCCGUUGUCGUCUGCUCGCGCCGCAAGCCGCCUCGGCCAGAGUACCCUCCCAACAACCCAUACUACCCCACCAAGGAUGCCAACUACGCGGAUGAUUUUGCAAUGGACUAUGGGCAGUCGAGCUCGCCCACUCAGCCCUUCAUCCCCCUGCACCAAACCCAAAACAGCAACGCAGCCUUCACUCCCCGGCUUCCGCCCAAGGCUUCGUCGCAGCCAGUCGCCCCGCCUUCGGCCUACCCCAAGCCCCAGGCGGCAGCCGGCAUUCAGCCUGUCCAGCGACCCAGCCCACCAACCGCAGCCGAUUCUGGCCCCGAGGGCUUUCUGGAGGUCAAGCCCAGUCCCUCUGGAGGCAAGCAUGGUCGUCCCAACAACAUCGGCCCGCGAGUGCAGUCCAUCUGGCAGGCGCCCCAGUUCGCUUCGACUCAGGGCGGUGCCGAAAAGUCCCUGCACAAGUCGCAAUCGGGCGACCAUUUGACGGUCGGGCCCCAGCCCGGCAAGUCGCCUCACUCGAGCGUCGCUGCCUCGAACGACCCAAGCUCGACCAAGAGCUCGGCCCACAACAGUGUCAGCCAGAUGAGCACCGGCAGCGGUACAUCGAUCCCGCAGCGGCUCUCGUAUUUUGGAGGCCCGACAAAGUUCAUUGGCGACCCGCGGGCUGCUCCUCACACCCCGACGUCCCCAUCGAUCAAGGGCAAGGGCUCGGCAUUCCCGCUGCCGCCUGCCUCGGGUGGGCCCGAGUCGUCUUGGCCAGGAUCCCACCAGGUAACCCCGCAGAGCAGCUCUGGCAACCUCGGAUCGAAUCGUGCCGAUCGGGAUGAGCUUCGCCAGCAACAGCAGGCUUCCAAGAGCUCCAUGCCGCAGCAGUACUUGCAGCACCCUCUCGACGAAUACGAGUUUUCGACAGCCGGCACCCCCACCGUCGAUCGCGAGGAUCCUUCGGCCCGGCUCGAGCACAACCAUGUCUUCCGCGGCCCCCGCGAUGUUCCCCGCGAUGUUCCCCGCGAUGCUGCCAGCAACAAGCGACUGAGUUUCACCAGCAACCCUGUCCAGCGCGAGCCCGCGGGCGGGUACCGAGAGAACGAGUCCUCGGGUCCGCCCAAGUGGGCCCAGGGCCCAGGUGGCCGGUUCCUGGACAGCGUCACCAUUCCCACCCCCAGCAUCGCGCCGUCCAUCAACCCCAUGGCCGAGCUGAUUGCCAACGACGGUGGCCCUCCGGGACACUCCAUGCGCCGAGGCGACAACGACAACCCGAUGCGUCGAGCCGCCGCCGACGACCAGGGGCGUGGACCUCGUGCCGGCGACAUGGGCCAGGCUGACAUGGACCGAUCCGACGACCAGCGCGGACGCAACGCCCGGGGCCGGGCCAAAGACAAGCCGCCCGCCAACGUAGCAGCAGCCAACCGACCCGCGCAGGGCUCCCGCACCCGGUCCGCCAGCAGUGGCCGUCAUGCCGCUGCCGAGCGCCGGGGCGAGCUCGAGUUCAUUCCCAAGACCCAGGACGACGACGACAAUGACGGACGGUCACUGCAUCGGUCCAACUCGGCGGGCUCCGCGCGGUCCCGGAGUCAGCGCGGCCGCCACACAGCCGGCGAUCAAAACGCUUCCCGGCAUCCGCCAUCAUCGUCGCUACCUUCCCUGCCCUCGGACGAGAUUGAUUCGCUCUUGGAGGAAAUCGACGCCGUUGUGACGGAUGUCAUUGCUCACAACAAGGGGUCAGCCACAGCUUCGGCCUCGGCUUCGGCAGUCUCUAGUGCUGGUGCUGGUGCUGGCGCUGGUGCCGGUGCCGGUGCCGAGGCCAAGUCCAAGCCCAAGUCCAUCAAACCACCGUCCGGCCGCUCCAACCCGCCCAAUGCGAGAGAGCCGAUCGACAGCGACCUCUUUUCGCCCUUGAUGUCGCCGCCGCUAUCAAAGGAGCCAGCACCGGCAGUCGCCCCCACCAUCAUUGGCCUGUCAUCGGCAUCAAAGGCGCUCAAGCCUGCACUGAAAAAGCCGCCCAAUGUCCAAUCUCCUCCGGCACCGACCCAGCUUCCAGCGCCCCCGGUCGCUCCGCCAAUUGCUUCCGCCCCUGCCCCUGCCCCUCCAUCCGAGCCCGCUGCUGCUGCUGCCAGAUCGCAGGUUCGGAUCGCACUCGCUCUGUUUGAGCACGAGCCCACGGCUCAUGACGAGCUGUACAUGGAUAUCGGUGACCGCAUCAAGAUCACCAAAUCGUUUGAAGAUGGCUGGGGCUUUGGGCGGAAUCUGCGGACCAACCAGAGCGGUGUAUUCCCCUUAAACCUGAUCGAGGAAGCCGAGUGAGACCGGUCGCGUCAUGAGAGAGGCUGAAGCAUAUGCGACUCGCCAUGGCCCGUGGAGUCCCCAGGGCCACGAUUCCAGCGGCUGUUUGUGGGUUUAGGUUGAUUCGAAAUCAA